AUGGCGGCGCGGAAAAGAGGCGAGCUUUUUACGAUUUUGGAAACCAGCGCGGACACAGACGGAGAAGAGUGCAGGGAGGAGGACGGCGGCGGCGGCGACGCCGGGGUGAAUAACACCACAGCGGCGGAGGAACACGCCGCGGAGUCGUGCGGCUUUGUCGCAGAAGGCGGCUGCAACAUUAUUUUGGUGACGGGAAACGGGGUCAAUCACGACGAGUACGAAGACUCCUACUACACCAACAGCAAUAACAACUCCGAAACGGCGUCCACCGAUUCCGACAUUGAUUUCUCCGAUUUGGAGGAGGAGGAGCGUCAGGAUCUGUUCGGAUCGUACGAUGAGGACUGCGCGGCUCCUGAUUUCUGGGGAGAACCAGACCAGUUGAUCACGAUCGAGCCGUUUGCCACAGACAGUGGUCCCCAACACACGCUAGGUGAUGAUGCUGACACUUUGGACUAUUUCCGGUUGCUCUUUCCAGAUUCAUUGUUUGAACACAUGGUGGAACAAACAAACAACUACGCCCUCUAUCGGCAAAGGAGGAGCGGACGAUCAGACACCCACUGGCACCCUACUGACAUCAGGGAGAUGCGAGCCUAUGUGGGUCUGAACGUCCUGAUGGGCAUCAAUCAGCUUCCGGACUACGGAAUGUACUGGGCGAGUGAUAUUUUUAUAGGCAAUGCUGGGUUUAAGAAAACGAUGACCGCCAGACGCUUCGAGAAGCUCACCCAGAACCUGCAGCUGUGCGACCGCCUGUCCGAGCCUUCCAAGGGCGAGCUAGGUUACGACGGCCUAUACAAAAUCCGCCCGCUGUUAGAAAUCGUCGGAAGCACAAUCUGGGAGGCCUACGUUCCGAACCGAUGCUUGACCGUCGAUAAAUGUGCCGUUGCGUUAAAGGGGCGCUUCUCUGCGACGCAGUACAUGCCGUCGAAGCCUUUGCGGAAAGGCCUGAAGGUCUGGAUGCUUUGCGAUUCGCGUUCGGGUUACUGCCACCGCGCGCGGUUUUACGUCGGUAAGCCGGGGCACGAUGCCGCCGCGAGUUCGGUGGCUCGCCGUGCGGUCACGUCACUGGUGAGAGGGCUCGAGGGUCGCUACCAUCACAUUUUUAUGGACAGCUUUUUCACAUCGGUGCCGCUGCUCCAGCAGCUCCUGCGGGACGGCCUUUACGCCUGCGGGCCGACCAACCCCAAUCGCUCCGGCUUCCCCGACGCCCUCAAGCCGCGCAACGUGGGCAAGCUAGCACUCGGCGAGUUCUACCAGUGCCAGCGCGGUAAUCUAGUAGCCACCGUCACCCGACAUGCCAAGGUGGUUAGCUGCCUGUCGACCAACUCGGCACCAGGAAUCGUAGGGAUCGGGCCAGGCAAGCAGGACGGCGAUUGGAGCGACGGGGACUGCGGCAGCUUUUCGGGGCAAGGGAUCGCACGGCCACUCCCGCUGCUUUUGUACCAGGAGAACAUGCGUGGCGUGGAUCUGUGCGACCAGUUAAGAGAGUGCUACCAGGUAGGCAGGCCGUGCAAGAAGUGGUGGCGGUACUUCCUGUGGUUUUACGUCAACUUGUGCAUCGUCAACGCGUACAUCAUCCUGCGCGAGAGUCGCAGCGGUGCGCCUCCACCCGGCUUCAACGGAAAGGAGUUCACACAGAGGCACUUCCGAGUGCGGCUGGCGCAGCAGCUCAUCGGGGACUAUCAAGGGGCCCGGGGAAUGGAACGGGCCGCCCGGAAACGCCACGCCGACUCGCCUCUGGAGUACGGACACAGGUUGGAGCGCAUGUCGGAACGUUCGCGCCGCUGCCGGAACUGCACCAACAAAGGCCUGCGUCACGAGAGCGUGUUCGGUUGCAGGGUCUGUAACGUACACCUGUGUAGAGGAGGGUGCUUCAGUGAAUUCCAUAAAUAA